AGGGAAGACUGGGGGGGCGGGCAGGACUGGUUGGAGGGGAAAGCGGCGGCUCGAGGUGGGGGGUGGCGAAUAAGCAGUCGUGCCUUCACUUGGUGCACAACCCACAUCGCAGUGUCAAAUGACGGAGACACAACCUAUUAAAAAAGAAAAAAAAAAGGAGAGAGAAGGGGAGAGAGCAAAUCCGUCGGCGUUCAUCACUCUUUGUGCGUUUUCAAGAAAGUUUGUUUUCCAAGAAGGAACUUAACCCGGUGGCCCCGCCUCUGGAGCGCUCCUUCACCUUCACCUCGAAUUCCCGCGCCCCAUCCCGCCCACCCCUGCCGUGCCACCGCUUCAAUCAUAGGAGCUGCCUUUGCUAGGAGAUGGAGGAUCCCUUUGGCCCUGGCCCUCUGCCGCCGGUACCUAACCUCUCCAUCUCCAUCCCGCUGGGCCAGGGUUUCAACCGGUCGUCUGUGGGGGACUCUGCUGCAGGGCUGCUGCCCCCGCCUCCCACUCCUCCAAGCCACAAGGUCCGCCUCGUUUCGCUCGGGGUAAUCUUGGUGGUGGCAGUGGUGGGCAAUGCCACAGUGCUUUGUACGCUGUGCGGCAGCGGCGGCGGCCCCUGGGCCGGCCCCAAGCGUCGGAAGAUGGAUUUUCUGCUGGUGCAUCUGGCCCUGGCCGACCUGUACGUGUGCGGGGGGACCGUGCUGUCGCAGCUAGCUUGGGAACUGCUGGGGGACACACACCUGGUGGCGGGAGACCUGGCCUGCCGGGUCGUCAAGCUGCUGCAGGUGUCUGCGCUCCUCGCCUCCUCCAACAUCCUCGCCCUCAUCUGCCUGGAGCGACAUCGGGUGGUGAGCCGGCCUCUGGGCCCGCCCCUGCCCACCCGCGCCCUGGCCGCCCUGGGCUGGCUGCUGGCACUGCUCCUCGCCCUGCCCCAGGCUUUCGUGGUCCGAGGCGGGCCGGUGGCCGGCCUCCCCGACGGCUACAGUGGGGUCCCCGUCUUGCCCUCGGCUGCAUCCACGCCUGGCUCUUCCCUGGUGGCCUCGCAGAGCCCGCCCGGGCCGCCCUCUUCUGCCCGGACGUGGUCGGGGGAGCGCCGGUGCCGCACCAUCUUCGGAGCCCUGCCUCGCUGGCACCUGCAGGUCUACACGGUGUAUGGGACGGUCGCGGGCUUCCUGGCCCCUCUCACCAUCCUGGGAGUCGCCUGCGGCCGCCUACUCUGGACAUUGCGGCAGCAGCGACCCCAGGCGCCAGCUCCUGCCGCCUGGUCCCCGUGCGCCUGGGAAGCCGACCACUGCAGAGCCCCGGCCCGAUGCGCCCUUCCUCGAGCCAAGGUGCAAAGCCUGAAGAUGACCCUGGUGCUGGCCCUGCUCUUCGUGGUCUGCGAGCUGCCCUACUUCGCCGCCGAGCUGGCGGCUGCUUGGUCGUCCGAGCCUCCGGGCGAAGGCCAGGGAGAGGGGUUGGCCUCUGCUCUGGGCGUCGUGGUGGUCACCAACAGCGCCCUCAACCCCUACGUCUACCUCUUCUUCCAAGCUGGUGACAGUCGGCUCCGGCGGCUGUGGAGGAGGCUGGGCACCGUCUGCUGCUGUGGCCACUGCCCGAAGAAAGGAGACGGGGAGGAGGAGGAGGACGAGGCGGCCCGGGGACACCAGCCACUCCACCGGCACCGCUGGCCCCACCACCACUAUCAUCACCAUCGUCGUCGAGAGAGGCCGGGAGCCUCCACAUCAGAGGGCUCCCUUCACCCACCCCUACCUCCUGCCCCCAAGCAGCUCCCCUGCUCCUGUGAAAGCGCCUUCUAGUCAGUGGAGUGGCUUAAGUUUUUCACUUCUGCACCUUUCAGGGAGAAGCCUGGAAAGCCCAUCUCUCCAGGGACCCCUGAUUGAACAAGAAAAGAAAGGGACUGCAAGAGGAGAGGGAAAAAAAAGACAUCCUUUCUGUUAAGACAGAUUGAUUAGCUACUGUGGCUGAGAUGCUGCUAGAACUGUAAUCAUGCCGUAUUAUAUUAUG